AUACGGAUCGUUAAGGUUUAAUAUUACCUCUUAUCGUCUAUUAGACUAUUAUUAUAUGCUGGAAUUUGGCUAAACCCAAAUCUCCAAUCUCAUUAUUUGAUGAUAAUGCAGGAAUAAUGAUUGAAGAAAGAAAAAUUCACUUCGAAAAGAGGGAGUUCAUCAAUUUCAAAAGUAAAACAAAGAAUAAGCUGUGUAAUAAAUGCUGACUUAGCCAUACUUCGCGGUUCCAACAUCCUCCCUCAAUUACCUUGUCCAUUUGUCAUCCUUCAGUCUCGCUUCCAUUUUUAAUUAAUACUUAAUCCAAGGGAAAGCCAACAACAAGAACAACGAUAGCCGUUUAACCCAUCCCUUUCUUCCCCAUCCACGUCUCCCCCGAUAAGAAGAUCGAUCCCAUUUUCCGCUACUAUUUCCUUCUCCUACAGUCCAUCCCUUGGAAUUUGUGCUUGGUCCUCUCAAUUUCCUCCGUGAUUCCUCCUCCUCCUCCUUCACCUUUCUUGGUUUUCUUCCCUCCCUCUCUCUUAGUUUUCAAAAAGCUAAAGAAACAGAGGAAAAUAGAAAAGAACUCCAGACUCUCUCCUUCAGCUUUCUCAGAAAGAGAAAUGAAGAGCAAUCCUAAUACAAAGCUAAUUCUCCUCCACCCUUCGAUCCACAAAUACUCCUCUUACUCUCACCGCUUCUUCCUGUUCUUCUUCAUUUCUAUCUUCGCUUUAGCUUUCACUCUAACUCUCUUCACCACCACUUCCAUUUCCAACUCUACCAUCCCUUCCCUAUCAACCUCUACGGCCUCCCUACCUUCCUCCGUCACCAUCGCGCUCCUCCACUAUGCUUCGACUGCCACUAUCAAUACCACCACUCACCACAUGUCAUCUUCCGAACUCUCCCUGAUUGCUUCCACUCUCCACAACUGCCCCUCCUCGCCUUGCCGUUUCCUUGUCUUUGGUCUAACCCACGAAUCCCUCCUAUGGCACUCCCUCAACAUCCACGGCCACACCAUUUUCCUCGACGAAAGCGAGUACUUAGUCUCCUCAUUCGACCGCAACCACCCGGAGAUCGAAGCAUACGACAUCCAAUACACCACCAAAGUAAACCAAAUGUCAGAUUUAUUAUCCCUAGCCAAAUCCCACAUCGAAAACGAUUGCAAACCAGUCCAAAACCUACUCUUUUCUGAUUGUAAACUCGCAAUCAACGACAUGCCAAACCAUAUUUACGAUUUAAGUUGGGAUGUAAUCUUAAUCGACGGGCCACGUGGCUACUUCGCAGAUGCUCCAGGGAGGAUGGCUCCGAUAUUUACGGCGGGAGUGUUGGCAAGGAGCAAGAAGAGAGGUAGAAAAACGCAUGUUUUUGUGCAUGAUUUUGAGAGGGACGUUGAAAGUAUUUUUAGCGACGAGUUUUUGUGUGAAGAAAACUUGGUGGAAACAGUGAAUUCUUUGGGACAUUUUGUAGUGGAAAAAGAAGAAGUGAGUGAUGAUGGUAAGAAGUCUGGGUUUUGUAAGAAUUUGACAUCAUCGUCGCCUUUGUCUGUUUCUUUAUCAUCAGGAGAAGAUGAUGAUUGAGAGAUUUAGAUGGGUUUGUCUCUCUUUGCAAAUUGUAUCAUUUACAACUUUUUUUUUAUCAGUACAAAAGUGUAUUUAUAUAUAGGUUUAAAAGUUUAAACCAUUGGAAAUGUAUCCGGAAAAAAAUAUAAUCAAGUUUUACGAGAUUUGAAUGCUUUUAACUUUUUUGUGGCCAAUUAAAUCUGUUUGGUUGCCGAGAAAAGGGGGGGAAAGAAAAAAAACAGGAUUUAAAUCUGGAAUUUUUGCCUUUGAAAUACUUGUUCUAUUUGAUUGCUGAGAAAACUGGUGGGAAAGUGAAGAAAUUGAAAUUGGAAUAUAUUUUUUUUAAAACCUCCUAACUAUGCUUGGCUGAUGUGCUUCUGACCAAUAACCUAGACGAAAACCCAAAACUCAAUAUAUUAGUAUUAAAAAUUAGAAAUCCCAAGCAAAACGAAAAUUCGAUUAGUUUCCCUGAGAUUUUCUCGGCAACCAAACGAGAAAAGAGAAAAAAAGAAAAAGUUCAAAAGGAAAGUGAUGGCAGUAUCAGCAGGCGUCGGUGGCCGAUUGAGUGAAGGAAUGUCCAACGUUGGAGCGAGGUGAGAGACAGAAUGCUCGGUUAGCAAAACCCAUGUUACUAAUAAAGAUUCGAAUCCUCGGAACGGUGGGGCCCAGGAGAUACGCGCUCCGAAGCUCUAUGAUUAUUAACUCUUAAUAUAAUUGGCUUGGGGGAGCGUGCAGAUAAGAAGCUGCGUGGUCGGGAUUGUGAUUGAAUAAAUACAAUAUACAGAUCACGUGGUUCACGUGAGUAAAAGCGUACGUUAUUGCAG